GACGGCCCCUUUUGCAGCAGUUGCUGUGAGUGCCGUAAAGCGGAGUUGCCGCCCCUGUUGGCUGAGAAAUAUUGUUCACAGAAAACAAGAUUACCUUUUUACCCCAAAAGAUGAAACCAACUGGGUUCCUUUCAAAAGACAACCAAGUGACCACUGCAGACUGAUGAGUAGAAUCAGUAAGAACGUGAUUUUGGUGCUUUUAACUUUGACAAGUUCUGCAUUUCUGCUAUUUCAGUUGUACUACUACAAGCACUAUUUAUCAACGAAGAAUGGAUCUGGUUUAUCAAAAUCCAAAGGAAGCCGAAUUGGAUUUGACAGAACACAGUGGCGUGCAGUUAAAAAAUUUAUUAUGCUAACAUCCAGUCAAAAUGUACCCGUGUUCCUUAUUGAUCCUUUGAUUCUGGAAUUGAUUAAUAAAAACUUUGAACAAGUCAAGAAUACUUCUCAUGCCUCCUCCACUUCAGAAUGCAAGUUUUUCUGUAUUCCAAGAGACUUUACUACAUUUGCACUACAGUAUCAACUAUGGAAGAAUGAGGAAGGCUGGUUUCGGAUAGCUGAAAAUAUGGGAUUUCAGUGCCUAAAGAUCGAGAGCAAGGACCCCCGGCUGGAUUGGAUAGACUCACUUUCUGGAACUGAAAUUCCCCUGCACUACAUCUGCAAAUUGGCCAGUCAUGCCAUCCACUUGGUGGUCUUUCAUGAGAGGAGCGGCAACUAUCUCUGGCAUGGCCAUCUACGGUUGAAAGGACACAUCGACAGGAAGUUUGUUCCUUUUCGAAAGUUACAGUUUGGUCGUUAUCCUGGAGCUUUUGACAGGCCAGAGUUACAACAAAUUACUGUUGAUGGAUUAGAUGUUCUCAUUCCAAAAGAUCCAAUGCACUUUCUAGAAGAAAUACCACACUCUAGAUUUAUUGAGUGUAGGUAUAAAGAAGCUCGAGCAUUCUUUCAGCAAUACCUUGAUGAUAACACUGUGGAAGCUAUGACCUUUCAGAAGCAUGCAAAGGAAUUGUUGCAACUAGCAGCCAAAACAUUAAAGAAGUUGGGAGUACGGUUCUGGCUGAGCAGUGGAACUUGUCUAGGAUGGUAUCGGCAAUGCAGCAUUAUUCCGUAUAGUAAAGAUGUUGACCUAGGAAUUUUUAUACAGGAUUACAAAUCUGAUAUUAUUUCAGCAUUUCAAGAUGCAGGACUCCCACUCAAACACAAAUUUGGGAAGGUAGAAGACAGCUUGGAAUUGUCUUUCCAAGGAAAAGAUGAUGUAAAACUUGACAUUUUUUUCUUCUAUGAAGAGACUGACCAUAUGUGGAAUGGAGGCACUCAGGCCAAAACAGGAAAAAAGUUUAAAUACCUGUUUCCCAAGUUUACACUGUGCUGGACUGAGUUUGUAGACACAAAGUUUCGUGUGCCCUGUGAAACUGUCGAAUACAUUGAAGCCAACUAUGGUAAGACCUGGAAGAUUCCUAUAAAGACAUGGGACUGGAAGCGUUCUCCCCCCAACGUGUGGCCCAAUGGAGUCUGGCCUAUUUCUGAGUGGGAUGAAGUUAUCCAGUUGUACUGAGAUAGUAGGUCAAAAUGGUAUUAAUAGAAUUCCCCUCCUGCACAAAAGGGAGAUGACUGUUUAAAAAGAUACAUGUCAAACAUAAGUAGGAACCAAAGAAAUAUGAGAAGUUUGAAGAUAGAGAGAGUCCUAACUCCUGAGCCAUCUGAUAUAUUUCUCUCAUCUGACAUUUAUUAGAGUCUCCAUGUGCCAAGUGCAAUACUAGGUUACAGUGGAGAGGCAGAAAUGAGUGAGACAGAUGUCUGUCUCUUUCCCCCCUCCCUUUGGUAAGCAACCCAGUUCCUUUGAGGGAAACCCCCUCACCCUUUGAAGAAUGUUCCUUUUAUAGAAUAUGAUAUGUUCUACAAGUGCUUUCAGAAAGUUCAAUGUUUGUACUGGAAGGUGGGCUUACCAGGUGCAACUAAGGAAGGGUAUACACCAGUCAAAAGGAAUAACUCCUUUAAGCCUGUAUAUUAGGGCUACUUUUAAGGUUGUGGAUGCUGAGUUAAUAAUCAAGUGGUCAGAUUUCAGGUGAUGUCAAGAAAAGAUGUGAGGCAAUACCUUUUACAAGCAACCUGGUGUGGAAUUGAUUUAGAGCACAGGGCAUCAUAUAAGAAAAUGACAGUUUAUUUCUAGUCUUGUCAAAAAUAUGUAAAUUUCCAUACACCUUCUAUUUUCAUAUUUGAAGUGAAAAGAAAGCUUAUGUGUGUGUGAUGCUUCAAUUUCCGGCCAUUGUGAGAAUAUUUUCAUUGACCUGAUAGUACUCGUUUGACAAAUCAUUCAAGUAAGACUAUGCUACCAGACAUGAUUUCUAAAGGGCUGUGAUUUCAUAAAACUUAUUUUCCUUAUUUCAUUCUCAAUCAGUAGGUAAAAUAUGAGUGAUUCGUGGUCACUUAAUAUUUUCUGAAUUUAUAAUCCUUAUAAAUCCCAAUUUAAAUAUUAACCCUAAAAUAUUAAUAGAAAUACCUCUACUUUUUCUAAAUGUACUCCUCACUAUAUUUAUUCAUCAAUUACAGUUCCAUAUCUUUCACUUAUGGCCUAUGAACCAAUUUCCAUGAUAUGUAAGCCUGCCUGUUCCCCUCCUCUUCCAACACUACAGCAGGACUCCAAAAUGCACAUAAGUGGCAAACCUGGCAGCUUGCCCACCUGAGAUCAUCGUGUUUGUAAAGUUUGUAUCCAUUCCCAAUUGUCCUAUCUAUUGAGUAUUGCGGGCGAGGGCAAGAACUGAGACAUCCCUACUUUAUCAUGUACCGCCCACCCUGAAACCCCUGGUUUCCUUUCUCCCUUGGAGAUACAUCUCUGAGUGGGCUGGGAUGGCUGUGUCUCCCCAUCUCUUCAUGAGUCACUUUGAUUGCGUAUUCUCGGUGACAGGUAAAGGGAUAUCAGGCACCGGAAGCAUGCUGUUUUUUCUUUGUCCAGAAUAGGAAGCCAUCUUACAUUUUAUCUAGGCUGCUUAGGGCUACUUUCUGGACCAAACUCGCAGAUUUUCCUCUACAACUAAAGAAUAAUAGUAGUAUCAUAGAUGGAAACCAGAAGAGAGAAUGGGCUGAAAGUUUUCCUAAACCAAAGUUGGGGAAAGCUACAACCUAUGACCACACCACUCCAAAUUAAAAAAUAACAAAAACUUUUUUUGAUACAUAAUAACCAGUGAUCUUCCUCUCUUAGGAUGAACUUUCAGUGCAUUGUCAUUGGGUCUACUCAUAAAUAACAUAAUUAAGUUUUUAGGGUUACCAGUAAACUUGUCCCCAGAUGACAGGUCAUUGUAAUCAACUUUCUCUUUGCUAGAGAAUCAGCCCAUAGAAAUUAUACCCAAAUUCUAAAUAGAUGAACCUUAACUUCUUUUUUUCAUGAUCGAAAAAUUUUAACAGGUAUUAUUAGUGUUCCUGGGCAAAAUCCACCUUGUUUAGUGAGAAACAUGAGUGAGAAGCGCAAACUUAACAUCUAGAAGUGCAUACACUACACAUUUCUACCCAUUUCAGGUUGGGUUUCCCGCUGUUUGCCAGGGUAGGAGGGUCUUACCCACUCUCUGUUUAGGUUAUUUCGUUUUAUCUGUCCCUGAAGGGUUCAGAAUCUAAACUAUCUUGUUCACAUUGAUAGAGGUUCCAUAUCUACUCCCCUGUACACAACUGGCUGCUCAAAUACCUUUUUUUUGACUGCCUUCUGGUUUCACAGGCUCUAGAUCUUGGAUCCUACCCUAAGUUGGCAGAAUGAAAGUCCUUCCCUAAACUCUGAAGGCCAGGCUUGCUCUGAUAGAUUCAGUUAUACUUCAUUCCCUAAGUUGGCAGAAUGAAAGUCCUUCCCUAAACUCUGAAGGCCAGGCUUGCUCUGAUAGAUUCAGUUAUACUGCAUUCACCAUUGCACUCUGCUAAGUGACCAGAGACCUUGGAUCCACUAAUCAGCACCUCAUCAGAUCACUUUUCUUUCCUCACCUGCAUAUUCCAACAGUAAUUUUCCUAAUCUGACCAUUUCCAUGUACAGUUUGCCUGGCUUACCAGGAGAAAACCUCUUAUGUUAACUUGGUAGAAGUUAUACAUCCAUGGAUGUCCCCAGAGAGGUCCUGAGAGUCAAGACUGACAGUCUCUCACUUGACAACCAGAUGGCCACUCGUUCCUUCUCUAAGCAGGGAGCUCAUGUCCUUCUCUCCUCUGCUGCAACUGCUGACAUCAGGAUCCAGGAAUAAAAUCUCAAUUCUCCAAAUGGAGCCAUCCUGAGAAGCUGAGUAGUGGGACAAACCCUGAAAUAUGACCACUAGAUGGCAGAAUGUGUGCCACCAUUCCCCCAAACACGUUAACACUCAUGUGAAAAUCAGCCUGCACUUGAAUUUUAAGAGCCAGAGGGAGCCUCACUGCAACAUUUGUUUUAACCCUUUUAUUUUAUAGCUGAAUAAAUAAGCAUAGAAAGGAGUGAUCUGAGCAAGAAACAGUUGGGUCUCUUAACUCAAGAGUGCUGUGACUCCUGGUAUAUGCCUGUUUCACUGAUCACAGCACAGCGUCUUUUUUUUUUUAAUUAAAAAAAUUUUUUGGUUGUGUCAGGAAGAUCUGCUGGAGAAGGGAAUGGCUACCCACUCCACUAUUUUGCCUGGAGAAUUCCAUGGACAGAGGAGCCUGGCGAGCUACAGUCCAUGGGAUCGCAAGGAGUCAGACAUGACUGAGCGACUAAUGCUUACACUCAGCAUGUGGGACCUUUGUUCCCCAACCAGGGAUCAAAUCUGUAACCCCUGCAUAGGAAGCACCAAGUCGUAACCACUGAACCACCAGGGAAGUCCCACAGCACAAAAUCUUUAGCCCUGCUUAACAUGCUUGACCGAGAAGUUUACAGGACGUUUUUGCCAUUCCCCACUUAAUAUCUUUCUGCUCAGAUUAAGAGCCUGAGGUGAUAAAGGGAAGUGUUUCUUUCUUGUCCAGAAUGCUUACACUGUCUUCAUACCUUUAUCUAAAACAUGCCUUAUCUCCAAAUGGUGAAAUAGUUCAUGUUUGGAGGCAUUAGCCUUUGGUCAUGAUAUUCUUAAUAUCCAGGAGCACCUGAUUCCCUUAGGCUCAAGAUGUAUCCCAUUUCUACUUGCAUCUUCCACUUCUUCAGGAAACCAUUAACACCAGUCCACGAAGUGCCAAUUUCUGCAGACUCCUUUCUCUUCCUCUUUAUUGAUACUCUCUUAUGAAUACAAGUAAUUGACAAUAGCCUGUGCUCAUUUCUUUUUUCUUUGUGAUCCUAAACCAUGGGUUCUAGCGUUAUAGGCUAUAAAGCUUCAAAUGGCACAUAGGACAGCAAGGUAUUACAUAGGAAAGCAGGGAUUUAUGGAUUGGGGACCAGAGCUGUGUCUAGGAAACAAACCUGAGUGAAUUCCCACUCUCCAGUAAACCCUCACCCAUUGUCACAAGGCUGAGGCUGCCAAUGUCUCUGAGUCCCUAGUUCCAUCUUCUGGAAACUGAACAGUUCUUUUGUUCUCCAUGUUAUAAAUCCUCAGGAGACAUUUCUCCCUCAAAACCUAGUCAGAGAAAGUGCCACAUUCCCACCUUCUAACACAUAGUCAUAAUUUGUAACAGCUUUAAAGCCUGGGAAAAAUUCUAGUUUUUGAUGAAUCAAGAGGAUUUCUCUGAAGAAGUGUCCCAGCAGCUAUUUCUCUUCCUUCCUCCUCUUCCUCUGUCAUUAAGACCCAGGCUAGGUUACCUCUAACAUGUCACUUAGGGAAAGUGGCAUGUUAGCAUAAAAGGGCACAAACUUUUAAAUUAGGCGGGAGUUUGAGUCCCAGCUUCAUUAUGUGGGAUUUAUGGUAGGGAACCUCAUAGCUUCAGUUUCCAUAUGAGUGAAUUGGUGAAAUGAUGGAUAUUUAUGAUUUUUUUAAGUUAGGAUUAAAUUAAGUGUACCUAGUAUCGACCUAGAAUUAGGUUAAUACUCAAGAAAUGUUCUGUUUCUUACUUCCAAAUCCUUUUCUAAUUAUUCUUCAAAUGGGAUGGGAGAAACUGGGGUAGGACACAGUGCCUGCUCAGAAGAUUGCAUGACUAAAUUUGCCUAGGAAAAAAAAGAAUGUUUCAUUAUAACAAGGCAUCGAAUUGUAUGGUUUAUGAAUUCAGAGAUAUUACCGUGGUGCUUCCUUCUCUAAAUUGAACAGGUAUUUUCAUUUUAUUGGUCAAGUGCUUGUCUUCUAGAGUCUCCUUAUGCUAUUCCAUAUACUACAUAGUUCUAGAUCCCAAGCAGGUCACUCUCUGUACUUCCCUAUGUUUCAUGCUUGCUCUGCCCUGAGCUUUUGUCUCAAUAUUAUAGCUUUUCCUGGAAGUAAACCCUCACCUCCUUGUUAGUAAAUCUCUGCCCAGCCGAAAUCAGGUAUAAGCGAUUUGGAGAGGGAGAGAAUUUGGGAUACUUACUUUACUUAAUUUUUUGUGCCCAUGAAUACUAUAUCAGUAUGAUUAAAGAGGAAUUGAAAAAAAAAUAAAAAAUAAAUAAAGAGGAAUUGAUAAUAGUCAUUUCCACCUUUUUCCCUCAAAUUUAUGUUUCUGUUUCAACUAGGCAAGAGUCAACAGGGUCUGUGAUGCUAUUUUAAGCUGUUCCACAUCAGACUGAAAUCUUAAUUAUAGCUUAUAAGCCAGACAGACCAAUUCAGUGGUAAUACUUUUUGUAUGGGACCUGUGUUUAUAAAGGAGGCAAGUAUAAAUUUUCUUGAGGGAAAUCUCUGUUUCUUUAUUCUCAGAACUUAUAUCUUAGAAUGCCUUCCUUGCCAUCCCCCAGCCCAACCCAAUGCAGAGAUUAUGUUGGAACCCAUGAGCCACCCAAGCUGCUGUGUUUCUAUGCACAGCUCUCACCAUGGAAUUGAAAGGCAGCAUGAGGAGAAUUAGGAGUACUGUAUUUUGUUCUAUAAAACAAUAUAAACUGUCUCAAGUACCAUUAAAAAAAAUUACAAGAUUUUAUAGACUUAUAAUGACUCAUUUGGAGCAUGGGGAAUUGUUCAUGUGUUUGUUAAAUAAAAAUCAUAAGUAGCUAUUUGUGUGUCCUACAUCAUAACCAGAAAAAUGUUGAUUUUUCUAAACAAAGUGAUAUUUUAAAUGUGAGUAAAUUUCAGUGUAUACUUUGUUUAGUCACUAAGUCGUGCCCAAUACUUUGCGACCCCAUGGACUGUAGCCUGCCAGGCUCCUCUGUCCAUGGGAUUUUCCAGGCAAGGAUACUGGAGUGGGUUUCCAUUUAGUUUACUAUUUCACUUUAUCUUCAGGUACAGAUAGUUUGUGGUACUACUGAAAAUACCUUUAAUAUUAUUUUGAUCAGAAUUUGUAAUAUAUAAUCCUGUUUGGGAUGAUGAAUAAAAUUUUUCUAAUCA